UACCUUGUAAGGAGUUAUAAGGAAAGAUGGCAAACUCUCAAGUUCAGAAGUUGGAAACUAAUGUUUAUGUUGCAGUUGCUCCUGAGCAGGUAUUUGAUGUUUUCUGCAACAAAACAUAUUCUAUUGCCAAAGUGUUUCCCAGCAAGGUACGAUCCAUUGCCAUCAAUGAAGGUGAAUGGGGCACCGAAGGAUCCAUCAUCUCUUGGAAUUAUGUACAUGAUGGAGAUAAUUGUGUGGCUAAGGAGGUGGUGGGAGACAUAGACAGAGAAAAGUACAAGGUAACCUUCAAGGUUAUAGAGGGAGAUCUGCUGAAAAAAUACGACAGCUUCAAGUUUGUGAUGCAAUUUAUUCCAAAGGAAAAGGGAUGUGUGACAAAGUUGGUUUUAGAAUAUGAGAAACAAAACGAUGACACUCCUGAUCCUCUUACCCUGUUACAGUUUGGAAAUGAGGUCAUCAAAAGAGUUGCUGCUUCUCUUAGCAAGGACAAAAUCUAGAUCACUAUCAUGCAUCGUAUUGCUAUCUCAUAAAUAAAAUUGAUGUCUUAUGGGCUUUGCCUCUUAGUUACAUCAAUUCUAUGUCAAAUUAUGAAUAAAAUGUGUGACCUAGACAUGGUUUUUAUGUUGU